AUGGCCCCGACAUUCAAGUUAAUAAAACCAGCGCCGCUCACGGAGCGGAUCGCCUCUCGGGAUGGCUGCAUCUACAUGUAUAGAGGCAUGUGGGUAAUUGGCUGGUUGCCACCAAAGGCGGGCAAGGGUCGGUAUGUGUAUCUCAUCUGGACAUUUGUGACCUACUUCUUUGGAGUGUUCUAUCUGCCUGUCGCGUUCGUCAUUAGCUAUGUGAGGGAGUUCAGCAAUUUUGAGCCCGGCGAGUUUUUCACCUCAUUGCAGCUGGCCGUUAAUGUGUACGGUGCAUCGGCCAAGUCGCUUGUCACGUGCAGUUACCUACGACGUCUGAGCCAAACAAGAAUCUUGCUGGACAGACUGGAUGAGCGUUUGCUGAACGACGACGAUCGCAAGAAGAUUCACACUGUAGUGGCGCGCUGCAAUUACGCCUUUCUGAUCUAUACUUUCAUCUAUUGCGGCUUUGCGGGCUCCACGUUCCUGUCGAUGGUGCUUAGCGGUACUUCGCCCUGGGCCAUAUAUAUUCCAUUUUUGGACUGGCGUGAUGGCCCGCUCAGCUUAUGGAUGCACUCGAUCCUUGAGUAUUUCACCAUGUCUUUUGCCGUGCUGCAAGCUCAAUUGUCCGACACGUAUCCGCUAAUGUUCACGCUCAUCUUUCGCGCUCAUUUGGAAGUGCUUAAGGAUCACAUACGCAAUUUGCGCAUGAAUCCAACCAGGACCGAGAGGGAGAACUAUGAGGACCUUAUCGAUUGCAUAAUGGAUCACAAACUAGUUCUCAGAUGCUGCAACCAGCUACGUCCAAUUAUAUAUGGCACGAUAUUUGUGCAGUUUCUGCUCAUAGGCCUGGUAUUGGGCUUGACCCUGAUCAACUUAUUCUUCUUCUCAAACUUCUGGCAAGGUUUCGGUUCCGUUUUGUUUGUCCUUACCAUUCUGCUAGAGACGUUUCCCUUCUGCUAUACCUGCAAUUUACUGAUAGAUGACAGCGAGGACUUGGCCAACACAAUUUUCCAAUCCAAUUGGAUCGAUGCGGAGCCGCGCUAUAAAACAACCAUGAUUAACUUCAUGCACCACGUACAACAACCAAUCAUUUUUAUAGCCGGCGGCAUCUUUCCCAUCUCAAUGAACAGCAAUAUAAGUGUGGCCAAAUUUGCAUUCAGCAUUAUUACCAUAGUGCGGCAAAUGAAUCUCGCCGAUCAGUUUCAGUAA